CUUUAUAUUCGCCUGCUCUAUUUUUAUCUUCUUCAUUUCAUAUAAUCUUUUUCUUUUUUCAAAGUCAAUCAAUAAUCUCUAAAUUUCUUUUAUACUCUUGUUAUUCCGAUUUCACCGAAAUAAAUAAAUUUUUCUUACAUCAAAUCUGGCUAUAAAGAGGCACUUGUCUCUCACGCAUGUCAAAAAGUGGGAUCCAAUAGGACCCGAAGGAGUUAAUUCAGUCUGGCAGAUACAACAAAUCUAAACUGUGCACGCACCACUAGACAAGUGGUGGGCGAUAAUAAUGAAGGAGUAAUUCUACUUUGCGUAUUGAGAAGAUCAAGAUCCUCACAUAUAUGGAGACUGCGCCGUGUUUCAGUCGGCUUAUCACUUGACUACGGCUAAGGCCACUAUUUUCUGACAAGUUUAUAUCGAGUUAUAUACAUUUGUUUCAAUAUUUUAUCAACCUUCUAGAUGUAGUAUAUCAUUGAGUUCGUUGUAAAGAUACUUUUGAAAGUCAGCAAUACGCAAGUCAAAUCAGCUGGUUUGACCAAAAUGUUUAGAUUCUCAUGCUUCCAUUCUCCUAUCAAUUCUCAGAAACCAAAGAAAACUGUUCACUUGUCUACCGAAGCAAUGCAAAAAACUUUUGAAGAUUACGACAGAACUAAACCUAAGAAAGAUCCCCCCUUUUCUAAAGUUCCUGAAGGCAAUGAUGCUAAUCCAUCUCCGUCUUCUAUGGGUCAAGAUUGGAAAUCUGAAGGACUUAAAAGCAUGAAUGAUACUGACAGUGAACGUGUCCAUGAAAUCAGAAAAAUGAGGAAGAGUAUCUCUCUUGGAAGUGGCCUAGCACAUUAUCAGGACAUUACAUCAGGUGGACAGUCAUCUCCUUCUCAUGGCAGUGGAGACGAGUAUCAGAAUGUACAGCCAUCUGUUUCUCCUCAGAUUAGUUCAAAUAUGGUUAAUCUCGCAUCUGAAUUAUCCCCCGAUCACUUGCAACAAUCUGAGAAAGAACUUGGUGAUAACUCGGAGACUCAGUUUUCUGGUGCGUGCUCUGGUGGUUCUAGUGUUUGUACACCAUGCACCCCGCACACCAUUGUGAAAUCAAACUCCUUGCCAUAUAUGCAUUUGGGUCAUGUUCAUCAAUCUCGAUCUUCUGAGGACUUGAAUGCUUUAGAUAUGAGGCAGAAUGAUAAAUCUGAUGGCGGUGAAACACCAGGGCGGGAAAUAGAAAAUGAUAGUGCAGGUCACGCUGACAAAACUGAUGGUGAGGAUGCCGAUGGUGAUGGAAAUGAUGCAUAUGACUACGAGGGUUCGGCAAAAGACUGGAUUGUCCCUGCUGUCGAUGAACUGGGCAAGGGUAAAGGUAUCCAAGAAGAUUAUUCAGAUUGUCAGUGGGAUGAAUUGCCUAAUGAGGAUUUCAAGAUUAAACGUAUUGAGAAAUGGGUUAUGGAUCUUCAGCAUUCUUCAUCAUUGGAAGAAACCGACAUGCUUAAGGACCAUGAUGAACUUGGGGAACAUGCUAUUAAAAGCACUAUCUUGGACCCAAUGUCAGCUCCAAAAAACGAUGCUAAGACUGUUUUGGGUAUGGAUGCAGCUAAAAGAUACAUUUCUUCUUUGAGUGCCUCGGCUACCACAGCUCAGCUUGCAAAUCAUGGUUUAGUUGUGAUCCCAUUUCUGAGUGCCUUCUCAAGCCUUAGAGCGCUUAAUUUGUCUGGAAAUUCAAUAGUGAGGAUUACUGCUGGUGCACUUCCUCGUGGACUCCAUAUUCUAAAUUUGUCAAAGAACAGUAUUUCCACUAUUGAAGGCCUCCGAGAACUCACCAGAUUGCGUGUACUUGAUCUUAGUUAUAACCGGAUUAUCAGAAUCGGGCAUGGUCUUGCAUCGUGCUCUUCUUUGAAAGAACUAUAUUUAGCGGGAAACAAGAUAAGCGAGGUGGAGGGUCUACAUCGCCUCUUGAAACUGAAUGUCUUGGAUCUGCGUUUCAACAAGCUGUCUACGACUAAAAAUUUAGGGCAGCUAGCGGCCAAUUACAAUUCCUUACAAGCCGUAAGCCUGGAGGGCAACCCUGCCCAGAAAAACAUAGGAGAUGAGCAACUCAAGAAAUUCCUUCUUGGUCUUCUCCCUCAUCUUGCUUACUACAACAGACAAUCGCUCAAAACUGGUGCCAUUAAAGACUCGGCCGACAGAGCUGCUCGACUCGGUAUUGCUGCACAUCAAAUUGAUCGCAGGUCAGAAUCAAAAAAGUCGACUCAUGGUCGGAAGAGUCAAGCAGUGAGUGGUCGUGGACGGCAUGUGAGGCUUCCUCCAAGUGGGGUCAAGGUGACGAGUGACAGGCAUCAGUUUCCCGAUGUAAGCAGCAAACUUGUGAGCUUUAGGCCGGAUCUUGGGAUGCGAAGGACUCACAGUGAAGGAUUGCUGAAAGCUGUUUGAGAGGGAAGAAGAAUGAAAACUAUGAAUCUUGGGUGUGUUUUCUUUAAUGGAUUUUGGACUUGCCUUAUUUGUUGUGACAUUAUGAUUUCAUUAUAAGUUUGGUUAUGUAUGGGAACCUCAAGCAUUGAAUCAUUCAUUUUUGUGUUC